AUGUCUGAAUUCAUUUUCGUACCUGAAACGAACCCAGGUCGACCGGGAACGACGAGGGUUCCACCUUCACUUUAUAAAAGGAAAAUACAGGAUUACCCAACCAUCACUUUACCAUUCCCACCUACAAUUACUCCUGAAGAAUUAUCGACUUGCCCGAAUAAGAACAAGGUAGUAAAGUCGAAGGCGCCAAAUUGCUUUUUCGUAUAUCGUCAAGCGUACGUACGCGAGCUAAAGAAUUUUGGACGUAAUUAUUCGAUGACCGAAGUAUCGGGAAUCAUCGCAUCCAGUUGGAGAAGGGAACCAAAGCACGUAAAACUAGCGUACAAGAAUCUCGCGCAGGAUGCAAAUAAGAUGCACAAGAAAAAGUUUGGAGAUGUGCAAGUUCAACCUUGUAAAAAAAACCUCAAGAAGCAAAAAAAAAAACAAAUCCAAAAUGAGAUGAAAUUACAGUUGCCACUCAGUCCACCAUUGUCAGAUAACUCUUUACCAAAUAUCAACGAUUCUGAAUCGAACCUUGACUGGUGUUAUUUACAACAGACUAAUCAAACUUUUAACGAACCUUACAUAACAUAUUUCAUUGAAGAUGAUCUUUCAAGAGAAGACAGUUUAAUGGAUUAUUUUCCAUAUAUCGGACAACCUUCCAAGGAUGAAAACGUUUCUUUAUUUAACGACAGCGAAAUAACCGAAAUAUCGGACCUAAUAUAUUGCAAUUAA